UAUGACAGAAGUCUUAAUAUUCACAAGGAAUAUUAGAAUAAUUCUUUCAUCUCUUUGUGAACAGAAAGUGAGAUCCCAGGUCAUCUGCUCCAAGCAUGACAACCAUAAACCACACUGCUGUUAGCCAUACAAUCUUCCACUUGCUGGGCAUCCCCGGGCUAGAGGCCCAGCAUGUGUAGAUUUCCAUCCCCUUCUUCGUUUCCUAUGUCAUCGCCCUGCUUGGGAACAGCCUGCUCAUCUGCAUUAUCCUCACAAAGCGCAGCCUCCACGAACCCAUGUACCUCUUCCUCUGCAUGCUGGCCGGAGCAGAUGUUGUCCUCUCCACGUGCACAGUACCUCAGGCCUUGGCCAUCUUCUGGUUCCGUGCUGGGGAGAUCUCCCUGGAUCGCUGCAUAACUCAGUUCUUCAUCAUCCACUGCACUUUCAUGUCUGAGUCGGGGAUCUUGCUGGUGAUGGCGUUUGACCACUACAUUGCCAUAUGCUACCCACUGAGAUACACCACUAUUCUUACACGUGCACUGAUUGGAAAAAUUGGCGUGACUAUAAUUCUGAGAAGUUUCUGUACACUUUUCCCCAUAGUAUUUCUUUUGAAAAGAUUGACUUUCUGCCAAAAUAAUAUUGUUCCACACACCUUUUGUGAACACAUUGGCUUGGCCAAAUAUGCUUGUAAUGACAUUCGUGUGAACAUCUGGUAUGGAUUUUCCAUCCUAAUAUUAACAGUGGUUUUAGAUGUGGUGCUAAUUUUUGUUUCCUAUGUGCUGAUUCUCCGUGCUGUCUUCCACAUCCCUUCCCGAGAUGCUCGCCACAAAGCUCUUAACACAUGUGGCUCCCAUGUCUGCAUCAUUGUCCUCUUUUACAGCCCCGCGAUCUUCACAACCCUUACUCAGCGGUUUGGACGCCACAUUCCUCCUCAUACCCACAUCUUGUUGGCCAACAUCUGCAUGCUUGCCCCACCUAUGCUGAAUCCCAUCAUUUAUGGGAUUAAGACCAAGCAAAUCAGAGAGCAGGUGGUUCACAUGUUUACAAAGCAGAAAUCACUUUGCUGUUCUUCCCCCAUUAAAUUACUUCUCCGGCUGGUCAGGAGCUGCUACAUGCAGGCCCAGCGCCUGUUCCCUGUUCAGUCAGUAAAUGCUGACCACGCCCGCCCUGACUUUGCUUCGCCACUAAAAUCAGGAGUCAAGACUUCUCCGCUGGGGCCUCAAGCUGUUGGCCUGCCACCUGCCUCUGUGGCCCGCUUUUAUCCCGUGUCCUUUGAAGUUCAGUCUCAGGAGUCUCCUGGCGCUUCCCUGAAGAGCGUACACUUCCUUCCAGUAGUCCACUGA